GCUGUUCAGUAGAGCAUUGUGUGCUCCUGACUGUGUGGGGUUUUUGCUGACCACAAUGUACAGGAUCAUUAGCUGCACGCUUUUCGUGUUCUUUCACGUCUCUGUUGCUGAAGAUGGUUUAUCUCGGAAAUACAGCCAUUACGACUAUCCAACAUCACAACAUUUGCUCUGCGACCAGUGCCCUCCUGGAACCUACGUAAAACACGACUGUACCACAGAGGAGAAAACAGAGUGCUCGCCAUGUCCCUUCAAUCAUUAUGCUGAUACGUGGAAUUCUGAUAAAGAAUGCACGUUUUGUAGUACAGUGUGCAAGGAACUUCAAUUUGAGAAGCAAGAAUGCAACGGUACUCACAGCAGGGUCUGCGAGUGCACGGAAGGCCAUUAUUUGGAAUUAGAAUUUUGUUUACCUCAUAGGAAAUGUCCUCCUGGAUUUUUCGUGUUAAAAUCUGGGACACCGGACAGUGACACAGUUUGUGGUGAAUGUCCCAAAGGAACGUUUUCUAAUGUAACUUCAGCAAAUGCUGCUUGCCAGAAACAGACAGACUGCAAGAAGCUUGGUCUUAAAAUGAUUAACAAGAAACACUCUAAGCAAGAUGCAGAAUGUGAGGAACACACGCAAGAAUCCACAUAUCACUGUGAAAUAGACGUUACACUUUGUGAAGAAGCUUUGUUUCGGUCGGCUGCUGACCGUCCUGGGAAAUGGCUAAGCAUUCUAGCCGAGUGGUUGCCUUGCACUAGGGUGACAAUGAAACAAAUAGAAUGCAUUAAACAACUUUAUGAACCUCAAGAUCAUGCUUUUUACCUGUUUAAAUUAUGGAAGGAUCAGAACAUGGGACAUUUUUCUUCCAAGCAGCUAUUUCCAGGUAUACAAAUGUGCGAAAACAGAGUUCUAAAACACAUCGGGAACUUCAAUUUCACUGUUAAGGACCUGGUGAACUUAACGCAAAGCUUACCUGGAAAGAAACUGGAAAAAGAAGAUGUGGAAAACAUUCUCAAAACGUGUGAGCGACCCAAACAAAUCUUAAAACUCUUUAACCUAUGGAGAAUAAAAAAUGACGGGAACACCUUAAAGGACCUUAACCUAUUGAAAACAAGCCAACUGCAGAAAAUAUUACGCAGACGGGUAAAGAGACUGAAAACGUUUCUGAACAGUGACUCAAUGUACCGGGCAUUCCAGAAAAUUAUUUUAGAAAUUAUUAGUAAUAAAAAAAAGAAAACAACAAAAAGCUUAUAUUAACCCCUAAAUGCCAGAGAUGUGGG